AUGCCAAACGCAAGAGGGUCCUACACUAUAUCAGAGAUAAGGUCCUUACAGCCUGGAACAGAAGUAGACAUAGAACUCAUGUGUUGUGAAGAGACCACUUACACAGCUAGUUUUAUCAUAGACACUGUGUCCCGCCGCUUCAGUUGCAUGUACCUCCCAACCACUGUCAUCACCUACACAGGGGACUGUGGUAAGCAAGGGUGCACCAGGUGCGCUGAGAUCUUUGCAGACCUCACCGCUAGCCCAGGUAGGAUACUGCUCAUCACUGACCGGAGUGGAAGGGGACCAGAAUGCCAGGUUCGCUAUGCUGGUUGGGGAAGGGGUAGGCUUGAUGUAAUUGAUGGAGAGGAAACAGUGAUAUUGACACCUGACCCCUCUUUUGAGCCACCUGUUCACAACACAACCCAGACAAGUCAAAAUCAGGGGGACCAAACAUCAACUAGUCAAGGGGCAGCAGGAGGUCAGGUCUAG